AUGAGGUUGCAAGAACUUCAAGAUGCUAUAAACAAACUUCCAUUGAGACAUCCAAUUGACGUCAAAUUGUAUUGGAGAGCAUCUGAGUUAGGUCAGAAGGUUUUAUAUGAAACAGGUUGCUUCGACGAUGUUUAUGAGAUAACAGGAGAAGUUUCUCAGAAGAUAAGAGACUCACUUGAAUUUCCACAAACUGGACCAAUUGGUUGCGACAAGUUCGACUCAGAUGAAAAGAUAUACUAUGUCGACCUUAACGCUGCAUACAUGAGGUUUGUCCAAUAUAUCCCGACUGGAAUUCCAAACGAAGAUGGUGAGUUCCCGGGAAGGAACUAUACAGUUGGAAAAGUCAUACAACAACU